GGAAAUCAAAGAACAUGAGAUUUUUUUGGAGCUCAAGAAAAGACAAAAAUCUGCAUUCACCGACUUCAACCACGAAGAAACACAAGGGUUCGAAUGAAUCAGUACAGCAGGCAGCAAAAUCCAAGGAGAACAUGAGGCACGCAACGGCGGGUACUAGUGGUGGUGAAAAAAGAAGCGAUCUUAGUACUAAUGGUACAGAUGCCAAUCGUCACAGCUUUUAUGAAAAUAACAGCACUGAUAAUAAAGAUGAGAGCCAUCAUGGUGGAUACGAUACUAGUGAUUGCCCCGAGAAUGAGGAGCGGAACCUUUACGAAUCCAGAGACCAUGAGAGAGGAAAGCAGGAAAGGGAUAAAGAGGCGAGGAGGAAGCAGAUGGGGUACGGUAGCGAGAGUUCUAGGGGUUGGCAGGAGUAAGAAUCAUAGGUACGAUAGCGGACGUUGCAUAUUGGAAUCAAGAUUAUGAGAGCAAGGAUUAUUGAGCAUUGUCGGAUAGCGGCUACAUGAUGUAUCGUUUUCCAAGACGGGCUGGCCGGAUUUGAACGAUUGGAGGAAUAAAUGCAUGGCUUUCUAAAACCCGACCUGCA